AUGGAUUUACUAAAGAUACUUGAUACGGUUCCAGAGCCCGCCAUUGUUGAUGCGAAAACGAUGGGUGUCUCGGGUAAUAUAUCAGGAGAUUACUGGCUGCCGACUCCCAUGUGCCUUUACCAGAAGCAACUGAGCGAUCAAAUCGUUUCAUUGCAUUAUUCGGAUAUUUUGAAAUAUUUUGAAACCCACGACUACAACCAAGACGUCGUGGUAGCGUCUAUGAAAACCAUGUGUUUAAACAGUGAAUACGUUGCUACACAUCCAUAUUUGCUGAUCGACCAUUUGCUACCAAAAUCCUUGAUCACGAAAGAUAUUCCGAAUAAUAUAGCCGAGACAAGUGGAAAAUUUUCAGUUUUGAGAGAUUUGAUCAAUUUGAUCCAGGAUUAUCGUACCGAGACGGUUAUCGUGUGUCGCCCGGGACGCACCUCUGACUUGCUGGAGGCAUUGUUGCUGGGUAACAGGGUAAAUAUCAAGCGAUAUGAUGGUCAGUCGGUCAAAGUAAAACAGAAGAGUAAGAAAUUUCCUUGCACCUGUCACAUAUUUGCGUCGGAUCCCAGUGAUUUCGAUGAAAACUCUGUUGAUGGGAAUAUCCAUUUCGAUUUGGUACUGUGCUUGGAUCCAUCUGUAAAUACGAGAGAACCUCAUAUUCAGAAAGCCUUGCGGCAGCAAAGACCAUCAAAUGGUCCGGGAAACAAAGCUCCCAUCGUGCGGUUAGUAACGAUAAAUUCCAUCGAUCAUUGCGAGUUAUUUUUCGAAAAACAGAUUGGCAAAGAUAGCAAAGAUUUUAUUGCUCGAGUUUCAGCCGCUGUGGUGGUUAUGCGAGACUCUGUAGGAACUUUGCCGCCCGAUUUACGACCCAUUUAUUCUCAGAAUUUGAAAUAUCUCGUCGCGUGGUUGGAGGAUCCAAGUUUACCGUGGCCUUUACCCGAUAUAUAUCCACUCAAGACUUAUACACCAAUGGACGUUGAGCGAUCAUUGCUUACAGAAGUGAAAUACAAUCAGAAUAGCGACAUUCUUGAAGAGGCCUUUCAAAGCGGUAGGAAACGCGGCAGAAAGCCAAACUCUUCAUUAGAACAGGGCCAAACUCCGGUUUCGUUUUAUAAGAUGAAACGACUGCAGAAUGACUAUUCGUCUAAUCCACUGAAGCAGGAUAUGGCGCAGUUAACCGGUAUAAACGCCAUCCAACAUUCAGACGCUACGCAGUAUCACCUCGCCGGUGGUUUGCUGACGCAUAAACUAAUACAGUCGAUCGGAAUGGUUUAUACCAACUUGGAUAUCCAGUCGACAGAAAUUAGGCAUUUUGAAGAUAUAGAAGCCUCACAACUUCAACGCAGCCAAGUUUUGCAAAACGAUCUUAUAAGCAUCACGCGCCAAUUUCAGGAGGCCCAAAGACUCGAGAUCACGAAUGAAGAGGAAGCUGUUAAGUAUCAUCGAUUAACGGACCAAAAACUAAUACAGAUAGCAGAGGUGCAAAAAACAGUGGAUGAACUGAUCGAUUCACUGGCUUCGAAAGGUCCCGAUUUCAAAGAACUGUCGCGCAUUUAUCGAGAGUCAUUACAAGUUCAGGAAGACAUUGAAAGAGAACAAAGGAUUUCUGAAUCCAGAAUAUCUGAAUCUUCAUAUAUGGGAAAAGAGAUAACGAGAGCUGAAGAGGUAAUCAAGGAAAAGACAGACGAGAAAGCUCUAUUGCUGCAACAGAUCGAGGACCUCAAUGCUGCGAUAGACCAACAAUCGAAGGAAGACCAUACGGAGGAGGAUCGUAUCAAGGAGAGGGUUGAGAAAUUAAAAUCGCAAAUUUCAAGUGAAUGGGCAACCAUUACGGCGCAAGAAGAACAGACAUCAGAGCUAUGUAAAGACCUUAAGAAAAUACAAUUCCCAAAGAUUAGAGCCUCGCAAGCUUCUGGACGGAAGAAACAGAGACAAGUUAAUUACACUUAA